UUAUAAUGACAUUAUAUGACAUACAUUGUAUAUUUCCAGUUGGAGUUUAUGAUUGGAAUGAUAACAUUGGCAAUGGAGAAAAUGUUGACAGACCUUCCAGAGUUAAUGAACGAUGACCACCAGUUCUGUCACUUGGUGGACGAAGCUCUGUUAUUUGAUAAAGAGAUACGUAGCUCAUACCGGUACCCGGCAACAUAUCCUGGUAGUCUACACGUACUCUCACUUGAUAAAUAUUUUCAUAAGUGGCUUCAGAUUGAGAAAAAAUUUGCCAUAGAGAAGUUGGAUGGCAUGAUGUCAUCACCAACAGCGUGGGAUUCCCAGUAUAGACAUAUAGCUGACGUAGACGAGCUGAAAGUGCCCGAGUGUGGUGAAAGUUUCAUGACUUUAAUGCUCACUAUUACAGAUAGAUAUAAGCCAUUGCCACAUUCUUCACAAAAACUCAGUUUUCUUGACCUUCAACUUGAACUUUUAGAGGACUUCCGGGUGAGAAUUAUACAGGUCAAGGACAAUACCCACAAUCCUUUCAGUGACUGUUUCUGUUCCAUUUUAAAUACAGCACAUUAUGUAACAGAAGUCCUACGAGAAUGGAGUGAACUCGUGUUUUUCCUGCAGUUGCAAUUUUACAGAAUGGAAUGCAGUGAACACGGAACUUCUGAGUCUGCAGAGAGUGCUGAUAUUCCAUUUGGUUAUACAACAGUGUUUGAAGAUAUAAUAGCAUUAUAUGACCGACUAAGACAAGAUAUGUUGAAGGCUAUAGUGAAUCAUGUAUUUACUGAUGUAAAAGCUCGCAGUAAACCAUACAGGGAUGACAGAUGGAUAUCCCUACCAUAUCAGAAGGAUGUCAACCUUGGUUUGUCUACAUCAGCUUGUGAGAUGUUACUUGUGUUGAAGGAUCACUUGCUGGAAGUUGGGGAGCUUAUCAGUAAACCGCUUUUUAAUAUGUUCUGGGAGAAGAUGGCACAAGAACUUAACAUUUUUAUAUAUGAGGAGGUGAUUUUAAGGAACAGGUUUAAUCAAGGUGGUGCAGCACAGCUACAAUUUGACAUGUACAGAAACAUGUUUCCCUUGUUUGGGGAAUAUACUCCAAAACCUGACAGCUAUUUUAAAGAAGUGAAAGAAGCCUGCACAAUUCUGAAUUUGAAUGUGGGUUCAGCCAUUUUACUGAAGGAAGUAUUAAAGUCAGCCCUACAUGUAGCAAAGAAAGAUGUUGACAAGAUAACAGAGGCUCGAACUGCUCUACAAGAUGUAGGAGUUUAUAAACUGACACUUGAACAGGCAGAACUUGUGCUGAAUCUGAGGACAAACCUUACAACAUAGCACUGGGUGUGCUAGAUAUGUAGAAGUGGAACAUAUAUUAUAUAAUUGAGAAUGCUAUAUGAUAUAUGUAGAGAUUAUGCAUUUGAAAUAUUUUAUGGAAAUGGUGCGUGUGAUAUCUAUGUGCUUUACUUGUGAUGUUCUUAAAGAGUUAAACAGCAAACUGUACAAAUAUAUGAACAGUAGGAUCUUCUUUAUACCUCAUUGACUAGUUUAGAUAUAGAAUUUUAUUUGAUACUAUUGUCUGUCUGUCAGUCCAUCAGUCUGUUUUUCCAUUUCAUCCUUGGAGAAAUAACCCAGAAUUUUAUUGGACUACAAUUAAGGAUAACUUAAGUACAUUAUGUAGCAAAUAUGAAAUGUUAUAAUUUAAAAUCUGGUGAAAGUUUAGUGUUUAGUUUAUCAGAAACUUGCUGACAUCUACAAAUAUUUUUUAAAAUAUGCAAAGUGAAAAACCCCAAUGUAACCUUAUUACUGACUAUCAUUGUAAAAUGUUUUCUAACAGUGUAUCUCAGAUGAGCCAUUCAGGAUGAAAUUAUUCUGUUUUAAUACAGUCUAGAAAUUGUAUUGACUUAGAUUGUUUUCUAUUUUCUUCUUUUAAUUUAUUUGAUGUAUUUAUAAGAAAAAAUAGUAAGAUACAGGUGACCACUUUGCAAUUGUACUUGUUGUACAUUGUUUAUGCUGUAGAUAAAUGGAUAUGUUUUCAAUAUAAUUGUGAAAAAAAAUUAAUGAACUAAUAAUUGCAUCUAUCAAUAACUUUUCAAUUAUAUUGAGAUAAUUGCAUUUUAGAGAAGUUAAAAGUGCUUAUGUAAACAAACAGUUGUUGAUGUGCAUUGCAUAUACAUGUAUAGAUAUAUCAAAGAAGUGUGCUUUAUUGUCAUGUGAUCUAACUUCAGUUUUAGUCGGUCAUUAGCAGAAUGAUUUCCUUCUUAUAAAUUGUUUGUGUUUAAUGUAUUUGUUAUUGUUAUGAAGAGAAUUAUAAAAGUUAUAUGCUAAA